GUAUCCCUCUCCGAGAAUCGGAAAAUAAAGUCGAUGCAGUCGUUCAAAAAGCCUGUCACGACAGUCGCUCAGGGGGACCGAGUGGGCAUCUGCGUGACCAAGCUGGAGCCGUCUCUUGUUGAGCGAGGCAUGCUCGCAGCACCUGGCUCCGUCAUAUUUGCGCACGCCGCCUUGGCCACGGCCAAACGGAUACGUUACUUCAAGCCCGAAAUCGCAUCCAAGACCAAGAUUCAUGACGAUUUUGACUUUCAGCAAGAGUAUCAGUACGAGCCUCUGCUGCCUGACCACCGGGAGGCACCCGGCCAAACUACCAACCUCUACAGCGUUCUGCUUGAGUUUGACAAGCCCAUUGCCUUGCCCCAAGGAAUAGUCUCUUCAUCACCUCAAAGCUUGAUGACGAUAAUCCGUUUCACGGACGUGUGCAGCAUGCUAUGGCAGACCCCAAACUACAAGGAACAGCUUGCAAAGAUGCUCAGGGUCUACAAGCUCAAGGAGAAAGUCGGCACGAUCGAUCGCGUUGUGGACGAACGAAUGCUGAUCGGUGCCAAGAUGUUCAAGAAGGAGACCAACCUGGAACUGUUUGUGGGAAUGAAGGUGGUUCUGGGAUCCAGCCACGAAGGAACGAUCGAGUCCGGGUUUGGCCAGAGCGGAAAAUUCCGGAAGGCCGUGUACCAGGAUCGCAUCUAUCAAUAG